CAGUGUGGGGAGUCUUGAUAGAGGUGGGGGGGUGAGACAGAGAGGGUGGAGGGGGCGAGGCGGAGGACUCCCUCGUCGUUCGUCGGCGGUGACGGCGGUACCGAUGGGCGCGACUCUCCUCAGCUGAGCCGGACGCAGAUUGAGCUGCAGCGGCCGCCACAUCCAGAGCCGAGCGCAGCUGGACAGACCGCAUCCUGCGAAUGACACUCGGCUAUCAAGCUGUGGGAGCAGACCGGGGGUCCCCUCCCAUUUUCACCUGAGUGAGCGCGUUUGCAGACUCAGUAGGGAGGAUUUUCUGCCAUCUGACAGCCAUUCUGCUUGGUUUCCUCCCAAGAAAAUCAAAGGAGAAGCUGCAACACAGCAUUUAUCGAUACAUCAUGUGCUACCUGCAUGACUGAGUGCUUUACCAGGAGUUUCUUUAGAAUGCUUGAGCUGGUGCCAUGCUGCCCCGAAACCUGCGAACAGGUGGCUAUGACCUGCCGGGGGUGGAGUCCAGCGAAGUGCCUCUCAUUGGCUACCGACCUUUACCACCUGACAGUGGAACCCCGAGCAACCAAUCAGGAAGGAGGGGUGUCGGCGAUGAAGGUGAAGCUCCACAGGCAGAGCCCUCACCGAUGAAGACCACCUGGUACUGUCCUCUGGAUUUGUCCACUGUGGUGGAGGAGGAGGAGGAUGGAGUGAUCUACACAGUCGUGGUCAAACAGCAGCAUGGUGCCCCCAACAGUCCCAUGUCAGGCGUUUCUCGCUCACAGUGUGUAAAAGCAGGGACAGAAGAGAAGCUGGUGCUCCACCUCCUCCACUCAUUUUCUAUGGGAGACUCCUCCUUCAUCACCAUCUUCCUCUCCACCUAUCGAUCCUUCACCUCCACCGAGAGAGUGCUGGACAUCCUCACCGACAGACUGGAGCAUCCACCCGGGAACAGUGAGAAAAGUCAGAUGAGACAAUCUUUCAACAAAGCGGUGUGUACGGUGUUCAGCACAUGGCUGUCGGAGUAUCCUGAAGACUUCAAGAGUCUGAAGGAGCCCUCUCGCCUGCUAAGGCUGGCUCCCCUCCUCCCUCAGGACUCCUCCUCUGCAGCCGACCUCCGAGCUCGCCUCCUCAGGAUCGCAGAGGAGCUCAGCGAGAAAGCCCUGCUCCCUGACGCCCAGAGAGAUCACACCAGUGUGUCCAGUCUUCCUCCUGAUCCCUCCAAGUUUGAACCCACCAGCAUCCUGGGAUUCCCUGGAGCGCUCAUCGCCGAGCAGCUCACCAAAAUAGAGACCGAGCUUUUCAUCCGUCUGGUCCCGUACCACUGUCUCGGCUCCCUGUGGUCUCAGAGGGACAAGAAGGGGAGGGAAGGAGUUUGUUGGUCCGUCCGGGCCACCGUACGUCAGUUCAACAAGUUGGCCAAUGCAGUUUUAGCAUCGUGCCUUUGUCCGACGACGCUGCGUAGCCAGCAGAGGGCCCGACUGCUGGAGAAAUGGAUCAGCGUGGCAGAGGAGUGCCGAGCCAGAAAGAACUUCUCCUCGCUGUACGCCAUCAUAUCUGCCCUGCAGAGUAACCCCAUCCACCGGCUGAGGAAGACGUGGCAGGACACUGACCGAGAGGCGUUGAGGAGAUACGAGGAACUGUCAGAAAUAUUCUCAGACAAGGACAACUACUCACAGAGCAGAGAACUCCUGAAGGAGGAGGGGACAUCAAAGUUCGCCAACCUGGACAACAGGCUGAACAACAGACACCUUAACAGGUCCAACGCCCAGGGCACCGUGCCCUACCUGGGUAUCUUCCUCACAGACCUCACCAUGCUGGACACGGCGGUCAAAGACAGGCUGGAUAAUGGCUACAUCAACUUUGACAAAAGGAGAAGGGAAUUUGAGGUUUUAGCUCAAAUCCGCCUCCUGCAGUCUUCCUGCAAAAACUGUGUUUUCAACGCUGAUGAGGCCUUUAUACAGUGGUAUCACAGCGUCCUGACACUAACAGAGGAAGAAAGUUACAGACUGUCCAAUGAAAUCGAAGCACCCGGAGAGCCAAGCCCUCGUGGCCUUGCCCCAACAGUCAUCAUCACACAGUGCCCAGAUCUGAGUACCUCGAGGACCAGCCUGGCAGCUGACAGCGACAGCCUCUUUGACUUUCAAUCUCCGGUCAAUAACCUGCUCUCAAAACUCACAAAGCACAUGAGAUCUCCAUCUGUGUCCUGUCUGGACGUCGACACGUCUCCUCCUGCCAAUGACUCCACCUCCGCCACACUAACUCCCACCACUCCCACAAAGUCGCACCGCCGGUCGGCCUCCUGCGGCAACAACCCCACCAGUAACACGCAAGGGUCGGGGCCCGACAUGCGGAUCAUCAGGAUACGGAUGGACCUGCACGAUGGGAACCUGUAUCGCAGCAUACUGGUUACGAGCAAUGACAAGACCCCUACUGUGAUCAGCUCUGCCUUAGAAAAACACAAUCAGGACCCCAAACAGGUGUCCAGAUAUGAGCUGAUCCAACUUCUGCCUGAAGGAAAAGAACUGGUCAUCCCUGCUACAGGAAACGUCUUCUACGCCAUGACGUCAUCCAGUGUUGACUUCCUGCUGAGGAGGAAAGGCGGGAACGCUCCUCUUGGCCCACAGCCGAUCAGCACAGAGACGAGCGCCACUUUUCCUCGAAUCAAGGCCAAGGGGAGGAGACUGGUCAGGACUCUGUUUUGACAUCAGCUUUGACCGCGGUGACAGAUUCUUUUUUUUUUCCACAGUUCCAACAUGAACAAUAAAUGUGGCCUUUUCCGUGCAAAACAAAAAUCUACACAUGCCUUUCUCUCCCGUGCUCCUACCAAGUUUGUUCCACGGAAACACAAAGAACAAGCCUGCCUGCAUUUUAAUCAACGGCUCCAUACAGCAAGGCGUGGCAGACACUUCAGACCUCCGGCUGCUGUGUUCACCAUCUGCUGCUGAAGAACAGCGUUGGUGUUCUUCUUUCCCAACAGUAUGCAUUACUAAUUCUAACCCAGAGGAAGAGCAAUGGAAGCCUUUAACUGAGUGCUUUCGGUGCUGGCUCUCGAGUCCCUGUCAGGUAGCACUUGAUGCUUUUUUUUCAACUUAACAAAGAAGAUCUGUUUUAAUUACUGAAAACACCGAGAAAUCCCUUGUUGCUGUGUGCCUCAGCUGUGACUGACAUUUCCAAACGUAAAAAAGAAGAUUUAAUUAGUCAGAACGUGCUUCUGUGAUCACCCAGAGAUGCCGUUGAAGGAUUUAGGACUGUGAAUACACAGAGCCUGUCAGACCUGGAUGUCAGGAGUAGAGGCUAAAAGAUGGUAAAAGUGCAUCAUUGUAGCAAAUCACUGGAGAAAUAUAUAUGUUUUGUAUAUAUUUAUAUAUUUUGUACAUCUGUAUGAUGGCAGCAUUGUGUUUACAAUGGCAAGGAGCUCGAGGUCCAUGUGUGAUAAUUGAUACAUCAUGAAAUAUCCAUCAAAUACCUGCACACCUUCCACUUUAAACAGGCCAGCGCAUGUCCACAGACAUUUUAGCUUUGACUCAGGCAGAAAUGCAUUUCAGCACAAACUUAAAGCUGCAUUAAUCAAUAUUUUAUAUCAACAGGGCAUCAAACGUCUAUUUGUAUUUCUUGAAUCCCAAGCUAAAAUGUUUCUAAAAACGUUCAACCUGUUUCAAAGUUAAUAUUAACAACAUUCUCCUAAGACAUUCUGAAAAUGUUUAGUGAUAACACUGUUAGACCAUUUUGCCUGAAGAUUCUUAAAAUAUUUUCCAAAUGAUGCACCGAGAAUGUUCUUCCUUUAUCAUGUACCCUAAUCUGUGACACCUCUGUAUGUUGCAGGUAAAAUGUUAUGUUUUAGUUAACUAUGAAUCUGAUGGGAACAGUAUUUAAUAUUAUCCUUACAAUGUUCCCUGAACAUUCGAUUAAAAUGGUUUCUUUCAAACAUUAUUGGAAUUUUAAGUAAUGCUCGCUACUGUUGUAAAAUAUUCCCUGCUAGGUGGGUGUGUAGUUUUAAGGAACUUUUUAAGCUCUUUAUGUCCAUUGUUUUAGCUUAUUGGUCUGAAAAUAUAAUUUCUCAACACUUUGUUCAGCAGCAGCUCUGAUUGGAUGUCUGUAGACUUUUUCCAUAGCAACCACUGUAAACUUAUAUAGUAGCAGGUGGAAGACAGAAGCGCCUCACCUGAGCUGCUACGAACCAAAUUUAAACUGAAAAUGAAAGCAGUAUGCUCUAAUUUCUAAAUAAAUGUGUACAUGGGUCAGCCACAGCAUCAAGACCACUAACAGAUGAUAUAAAUAACAAUUACAAUGUUGUGCUGGGAUGUGCUGGAUGUUACUUUGACAAAUCUCACUCAACUAAAUAUUCUCAAUGCGCUCCACCACACUGCAAAAACUGCUCAGAAACAGCCCAAGGAGCAUGACAAAGAGCCCAAGCUGUUGGUCCACCUUCCAAACUCCUUAGAUCCCAAUCUGAGUAAGCUUCCACGAUAUGCACCACAGCAAGCCUGAUCCAUGGAGGCCACAACCCACAGGAUCCGCUGCCGGUGUCCUGGUACCACCUGGACACCACCAGAGGACCUGAGUCCAUGUUCCAACAAGUCAGAGCUGUUUUAGUAGCAUGAGGAUAAUCUAUACAUGUUAGACUGGUGUUUUUAAUGUUGUGGCUGUUCUGUGGCUGUUCCUCAAUUUUAGGUCAAUAGAAUUUUUCUUUGGAGUUUCUCUUGAACCUACUGAACUAAUAUUUGAUUAUUGCAGCUUUAAACAAUUUUGAACACUUUCAAAAUGAAUGGCUUUGCUUUAUUUUAUUACUGCUGAACCAAUAAAAAAAGCAAGAAAACAAAAAAAGGAAAGAAAAAUACACCACCACUUUUUUUUUUUAGGUUUUCAAGGUCUUGUUAAUUUAUGCAUAUUUUCCAGCAGCCCAGCUGUUUACACAGAGUGCAAAUCCUCAGUUCCAACUUCAAGUUUUACAUUAACAUGUACAACUUCUUUGGUUUAGGUUUCAAACAUACAACCUCUCUGAAAUAAGCCUUGCCACGUCUGUGUGUCACACUCCCUGCUCAGUGCUGGUGAGGCUGCUGUACCGGCCGAGGCACGAGCAAAAAAACAGAAAAGAAAGAAGCUUGACCAGGGAGAGGAUUCUGGGUAAUAUUAGAUGACGUGUGCUAGCAUAAUGCUGUGCUACUGAUUGAUUUAGUGCCUUUCUCUACUGGGUGCUCACCUUUCUCAUGUUUGCAUUGGAAUGUAUACAUGGAGGAAAUGCAGCCACCUCCACUGCUGUGUAGUUUCACAUCAAAGUUAUUUAUGCACUACAUACAGGAUGUCCUAUUUUUGUGGUAAUAAAUUUACUUUUAUAUCAA